AUGUCGAGUUGGGAGACGACAGCCCUUCGGCUGCAGGGCAAUGCGACUGCCGACUCAACACCAAGCUCCUUGGACAAGAGUCUACCAUUACUACCAAAGAGAAAUGCCAAGGCUAGAAGAACUACAGGUGUGAAGGAGGUAUCUCCAGAAGAGAAAGGCUACAGGACAAAAGGAUGGACACCACUCUCGCUGUCGACACCGAUAUUGCUUGCCGUCAUCGCCCUUACGAUCCUUCUCGCCAUCGCCGUUGAGACACUAGCACAACGGAGUGCAACUCAGGGUGGACUAGCCCUCUCACCCACCCUCAACGAUAUUCCUGGAUAUGCUAAGUUCAGUUACCUUUAUGUGCCGACUAUAAUCGCCGUGUUGUACAGUAUGAUAUGGAGCUGGAUUGACUUGGAUGUCAAGAGGAUGCAGCCAUGGUUUGAGUUGUCCAAAAAAGGUGGUGCCACCGCCGAGAACUCGCUCUUUCUGGAUUAUCAAUACGAGUUCGUGGCAUUGGUUCCAUUUAAGGCGGCAAAACAAAAGCAUUGGCCGGUUUUCUUUGGAGGGACAGCCAUGGUCAUGGUUUUCUGGCUUCUCACGCCACUACAAAGUUCUCUGCUGGGAACGAAGGUGAUAAACCAGACUAAAGCAGCAAACAUAACGCACCGAUCCCAGCUUGUUCCAUUGAAUCAGCAGGUAGCCCUUUUGGAUCCCGAGGUUUUGAACAAUGGAUAUGCGGUUGGUUGGUUAGGUCAGCCAUAUCCACCCUUCACAACAUCCAAAUUUGCGCUUCUGCCUUUCUACCUUGAGAGUAAUACAGCUCCAGACAAGGUUCCCACUAACUGGACGGCUGAAACUACAAAGCUGACCACGGAACUGAGCUGCUGGCAGGCAGAUAUUCAACGAAACGAAUACGGUGCGACACUAGCUUACAACUUUCUCAAUGGCCAGGGAUGCAAUGCCACUGUCAAUAUGCGACGGGGAGUAAACUACACAAUGAAUUAUAUUGGAUAUUAUUCAAACGCCUAUGCGGACAUAUACCUUGGGAAUCCAGAUUGUCCACCAACCAGAAACUCGACGCAUCAGUUUCUAGCAACCUGGGCCAGGCAAACCGACUUGAACGGAAUUACCGAAACUAUUCCCAUGACUGAAAUUCCUCAUUUCAACGUUACUGCCAUUUUCUGUCAACCGACUUACUACAAGCAACGCGUUAUGGCAAGGGUCAAAUCGUCCAACCUCGAACCCGAUACCAAUUUUAUGCAUUCUAUCGGACCAAGAGAGAUCCUUACAGAUAAGGAAUUCAACUCAACGGCUUUCGAAUAUAUCUUAGCAAACGGCGUGUCAGAAAAGAUCAUCGUUCGUGACUAUCCUUUCUCUCGUGUUGUUGAACAGCAUCCAAGGCUUAACAAGACUGGACUCACAAAGCCUGUCUCGAAUAUGGUCGGUUAUGCACUUGCAGGAAGAGACAAUCCCGUCACAGACUAUUCAUCCAAGGAAAUGCUCGAGCAAGUGUACAACGAUGCCCACCAAUACUUGUUUUCUCUGGCCGUUCAUCAUUUACUUGUCAAUAGCACUAAGCUCAGUAACAAGACCGCCUCUGUUGAGUUCUUCCUUACGGGUGUGGUAGUAAGCAGAGUGUUCGCGACGUCGGUCGAGUGCCUGAUGCUCGUCAUCGCCAUAUUCACAGGCCUUGUUCUCUGGUUAUGUCGUACCUCUCCAUGCCAGCUUCCCAUGAACCCUUCGUCCAUUUCGAAAUACCUUGAGAUAUUUCGACAUAGUCCCGAAUGCCUUCAGGCUCUAUCAUCACUCGAUAGUGCCGAUGAAAAGACAUUGUUUGAAGAAUUUCGUCAAGACCAGCUCCGAUUAUACCACGACAAGCAUUCAAACUACACCAAGGUGUCGAUUGACAAGUUUAUUGGGGAUUCUUUCAGGCCUGAUCAUUGCGAUGCUGGCUUGCAGAAGGGAUAUUAUAAGCCUAUCAAACCACUGGCUCUUAGAAGGUGGAGUGGAUUGCUUUUUGUCCUUGUUUUAAUUGGCGCCAUGGUAGGGCUUUCUUACUUGAAGCACCAGGAGAAAGUCUUGAAAGGUUUGCAUCGCCCAUCUCAGAACUUUGAGGUAUUGCAACUCUUGGAAAACUAUAUUCCGACAAUCUUUGCGACGCUUAUCGAGCCAUUCUGGGUUCUCCUUAAUCGACUGCUUUGUGUUCUCCAGCCCUUUAGAGAUCUCUGGCAAGGCAAAGCAGAACCUUCACGAACUAUCUCUGCUUCCUAUACAUCAAUACCCCCACAGCUCGUUAUCUGGAGGGCUUUAAAGUCGAAGCACUUUGUCCUCGUGUUGGUAUGUGCAAUGGCACUACUUGCCAACCUUCUGGCAGUUGGUAUGGGUUCUCUUUUCAAUGAAGCGCCUAUGAUAGCAGAAUAUACCGAAACCCUGGUCCCAGCUUUCAUGGCCAAGUUCGAUAAUGACUCGGUCUUCAGCCUCGACGCGACUCUAAGUCGAGACGUGAUCACGACAAAUCAGUACUCUGAUCAUUACUAUGUUGCAAUGGCUAACUUCUCCUCUGGUACAACACUUCCCCCAUGGGUCUCGAAAGAUUACUACUUCCAGAGGCAUAUAUUCAGCAAGCCGAAAGAUUCAAAUUCAAGCGAUACUUUCAGUAUACCGGCUCGAGGAUUCGGUGCCAAAGCAAAUUGCACAGCGGUACCCACAAGACGAUUGACCAUAUUCAAAGAUCCUCGCCCAACAAGAGAUUUUAGCAAGGUGGAAGAACGCGACUGUGGUAAUGGUAUUGAUCUUCUCAGUCAAGACAUGCGAGAAAACACAUUCAAUCGCUCAUCCGGUGUAUCCGCCGAGGAGAAAAUAACAACAGUUGGGUACAAUUACGGGCCAAUCUCAUGUGCGCGAACCUUGAUAAUGGGUUGGGCUCGUACUCCUGAAGCCGAUACCAUCAAUGGAACUGUAGACGCCAGUUUCAUGACCUGCCGACCCAUAUUUGAAACAGCCAUGUUCAACCUUACUGUCGAUGCACUUGGACAUAUCCUAUCUUAUGAGAAAACGAGCGACUUGGAAACGACCUUGGACUACGAAGGCUGGGGACCACAAGUGGACUUUAUUUUUCAGAACAUCCAUAACCAAUGGAAUGACUUGGCAGCUCAAUGGCAUAACGAUUCCACGGCAAGAGACUGGAUGAACUUUUUCACAGUGCUUAUGACGGGAUCUCGGGAUGUCAUCGAUCCUAAUCGGCCACCUCCGGAUACGGAUAAGUUGAGACCUACUAUCGAAGAUAUAUACCGUCGGGUUUUUGCCAUAUUCCUGAGUCUAAAUGAACAGCUCUUUGAUUCCAGAGGUGAGAUGAAACCAUCCACUGUGGUUCGAAGGACACAGGAAACGAGGAUAUUCAUGGAAGAGGUCUCUUUCAUCAUGACUAUGACUGUUCUAGCGCUGAACGCAGUGGUUGCUGUUAUCUUUUACAGCAGGGCCGUUCCUUUUGUUUUACCUCGGCUACCAACAACGCUGGGUUCUGUUCUAGCAUACGUCGCACCAAGUCGACUUGCUGGACCUGCCUAUAAUGUUGCUACUCCCGGCAAUACAUCUCGGACAUUUAGUUUCGGAAGGUAUAUCGGAAGAGAUGGGGACGUCCAUAUUGGAAUUGAAAUGGAUCCUCAUGUUGUGCCUGUCGAUCCGCUCUCACUGGAGGUGCAAAAGAGCUUUCUAUGGCGCAUGUUCAGGAGAAGGCCACAGCCAGAAACUCAGAUCAAAAGUGGUACAUGGCUCUAG